CAUUUCUUUACGUAGGCAAUAGUGUGGUGAUUGGAGGAUUCUUAACUUCACCACCUCGCAAGUUAUUUUCCAGAAACUGCAUCCUUGUGAUAAGAUCAGGUGUACACGUACACCGCCAUCGAAGGGCGUGGUCAAUUUAUAUUGGCACUCUGGGAAGACCCGCAGACUUCGUGUCACGUAUCGCUUGAUUGACCUUCAUACCAUCCUUUUCAAAUACUCUCUCGAUCUUCUACUCCAACAACCUCAAACUCCUACUUCGGCCUUUCAAACACCUAUCUCCCCGUCUUACGCCGAAAUGAUAUCCCACCAACAAUCGCCGCACAUCGUCGAGCGACACCUCCGUCCCGAGCACUAUCCAGCCCAGCACCAGGCCAAGAUUCACUCAAUCGACCGAUCCGAUGACUUCCACCAUCUCAUCCGGUCUCUGUCCGACCUCCUAGGCCCAUCCUCGGGCAUCAACUCAGACGACGUCGACGAAAACGACCUAAUCCGCCUAAUGGAAAGAUACAUCUCCGAUGAAAGUCAAUGGCACCAAUAUGCCUUCGCCGACCCCAGCCGAAACUACACACGCAAUCUCGUCGACGAGGGUAAUUCCAAAUCCAAUCUUUUGGUCAUUGUAUGGAAUCCCGGCAAAGGCAGCCCGAUCCACGACCACGCCAACGCCCACUGUGUAAUGAAGAUCCUCAAAGGAACGCUCAGGGAGACCUUAUACGCCAUGCCGUCAGAGACCCAAGUGGAGGUGGAGACAGAGACGCAGAGAAGUUCGACGCCUCCACAACCAGUCAGAGAGAGCACAUACAGUGAGAAUCAAGUCACGUAUGUCUCCGAUAAGAUUGGCCUGCAUAAAGUCUUCAACCCAUCGUCGAGCGAAGUCGCGGUGUCGCUACAUCUGUACACGCCACCGCACGCCGCCAACUUUGGCUUCAAUCUCUUUGACGAGAAGACUGGGAAAGCGACGCAUAUCCAUCAAGCAGGUUUCUACUCCGAUCGAGGCCAAGUUUGUGAUAAACACAAUUCUGGGCCAAUGUGAUUGUGGCACAGGGUCAGUGAGUGACUCUGGGAGAAUGCAUUGCGACAGGCGUAUCGGGCUUCGGAUUGAUAUUACGGGUGUGCCCAUGUCUUUUAAUAUGAUGCGAAAGUCUCAUCUAAGCAUCGACACGAUAUAUAUUGACUCGAGAUACCAUUCUACGUUCCUCAUCACCCGUAAUCCAACGGCUAUGGUCUGCAUUCUUCUCACACAGAUAAUUGAUAGCUUCUCUGCCCCAUUGAGAAGGCAGGGUGU